AUGAAAAAAGCAAAAAAUUUAGGUUAUUUCUAUAAAAUAUUGGACAUAAAAAAUGAAAGGAUAUUGGGUUUAUCUAAUAGGGUGGAAAUACAGGAAAUAGAGUUUGAAUUUGAUUAUAGAUUUUUAAGUUCUAUUAAAAGCAAAAAGUCAAAUGAUUUUAAAUAUAUCGAAAAAGUAAAUAAUUUUGAUUCAAUAGAUUUUGAACUAAUAUCAGAAUUUUAG